AUGGGCAACUGGCCGAGCAACACUCUCUUCUUCCCGCUGUUCACGCCCGCAACGCUCGGCUCAUUCAUUGCGCUCUACGAACACAAGAUCUUUACGCAGGGCCUCAUCCGGGCAUCAACAUAUUUGGUGCAUCCGAUGGGUGUCGAACUUGGCAAGAUACUCACAAAGAAUAUUUUGGCACCGCUGGAUAAGCCUGCGGACAUUAAGGGUCACACCAGCUCGGUGUGUUAUUUUCUUUGCAGCACUGCAUCCGCUGUCGGGCCUUCCCGUUUGCUGCCAGCUGACAACUAUCGCGUGCGGACGUCCGGUCUCAUCCGCUAUCACCAGAAGCACCGAAAUGAGUGA